AAAAAAGUUAUCUUAUUGUCAAUGUGGUAACUAAUUUGAGGAUUUGUUUGUUAUUUACUAUUUAAUCAUUUAUUACGCGUUUCGUCGGUGAAAGUCAUAUGCAUUUAAAAGAAAAUAGCACGUUCCACAAUAUUUAGGUCGAACCGCUAAAAAAUAUAGUUUAUACGCUAAUAACGUCCGUUUUCUUGGAGAGCCUGAAGUUGAUCGGAUUAGAAGCAUGGCGGUUUGGCAGAAUAAGUGGCGCUGGGACACAGCGUACAGCGCCGACUCUGUGGAGUGGUGUCCCGUAGAUCCAUAUAGGGAUGUGCUUGUUUGUGGCACUUACCAGCUGGACAAUACGGCUGAAGGCAACGCGGCAUCGAGACAAACGAGAUUAGGAAAAAUAUAUUUAUUUGCUAUAAACGAAAACACUGCAGAGUUGGCGCCUAUUCAUUCGAUUGACACCUCAGGGAUAUUAGACCAAAAAUGGUGUUACCACAAAUUGCAAAACCUGCCCACACUCGCUGUUGUAACAUCCGUUGGUACUCUGCAACUUUACCAGCUGACCAAUGAAAGUGGAGUAUUACAGCUGACGUUAUGGUUAGAGCAUACGAUUUGCGAGAACGGGUUAGCUCUCUCCGUUGACUGGUCGACUAACAAAACGCAUGCAGACGAACCUUAUCUGGCAGUCAGCGAUUCAGCUGGUUGUAUUCAUAUUUUGAGAAUAGUGGAAAAUUGUGUUAAAGUGCUAGGGAAAUGGGAGAGCCACAGUUUCGAGGCGUGGAUCGCUGCAUUUAAUUACUGGAAUUCUGACGUCUUUUAUUCAGGGGGCGAUGAUUGUAUGUUUAAGAGCUAUGACAUCAGAGUGCCUGAUGUUUCUACGACUGUGAACAAGAAACACGAGGCUGGCGUCACCUCUAUACGGAGCCAUAUUGAUGACGAGUAUCAGCUAUUGACUGGCAGUUAUGAUGAAAAGGUUCGCCUCUGGGACACGAGAAAUCUAAAGUGUAGCGUUCGAGAGCUGGAUGUCAACGGCGGCGUGUGGCGAUUAAAAUGGCACCCAAACAAGCCAUGCACUGUUCUAGCGGCCUGUAUGUACGGCGGGUUCCGUGUACUACGCGUCAAUGACGAAAUGGAGGUCCUCAGCGAGUACUUAGAACACGAGAGCAUCGCGUACGGGGCUGAUUGGAAAUGCAACAGUGACCUUGUAGCGACUUGCUCCUUUUACGACUGUAAAAUGCAUAUCUCUCAAAUUAUAAUGUAGUGCGAAUGUGAUUUGGUUUUCGUU